AUGGUGCUCGUGCUGAGGCAUUGUGCGUUUCAGCGUUAAAACAAACGGGAGAAUAGCGUUGAGAAAACGCACGAUAUCCCUCAAACGGCGGCUGAUUCCUGUCAGAUGUAAAACACUGUUAAAUAUGAUGACCUUAUGAUAAAUGAUGUAGGUGUUUUGGUAUUUAGUCUGUCAGUGAACUGGUCUUUGUUCAUAAUGUGUAAUCUUUACCGAAAGGGAAAGUCAAACAGAGCAUGUUAAAUAGAUUUACUGGCUUGUCAGCUGUGAUGGUCGUUCACAUCUGAUUUACAUCUUACAGAGAAAGCGCUCAAAUGGUGGCCUGUGCUGUCUUUCUUGUACCAAAUACUUUUUAGGUGGUAUAUAGUGUCUAAUAUGAGGACUGUAGGGCGGCUAAUAGUGUGAAAACUGGCACAUGUGUUGUCAGAUUGGAGCCGAUCCAGCAUGAGGAGCUUCUGCAUGCUGGAAACGACUGUAGUGCAACACAAGCUGUUGAUGGCUGACUGAUCACAUUAUUAGGGGGAAAAUAGUCUUUUUAGGCUGAUUUGAUGCUCGGAAUGGAUUCGUGUGGCAGUAUUUGUCAUUCCUGCUCCAAAUCCCGUGUGUGGUAAUUUCAUCCGAGGUUCAGAUUCAGUUAUUAGCCUGUACUCUUGCUGAACAUUUUCAAAAUGGUAAUUUUCAGGCCUAGAGAAGUCGUUGAAAUUAAUGCAAUCUCAAAAUAAAAUUUCUAUAGUGAAUAGAAGUCUAUUAGAAAUAUCUAAUAAAAUAAGUAGAUGUGGGUGUUUUAUAGCUGGGAGGUUAACCAAAAAAUCAGAUUGAAAAUAGCACAUACCACUUUUUUUGAUCUUGGUUCCCCCCCACCCUUUAUGCAUUCAGCGUUGUGGUGGUGGUGGUGGUGUUGUUGUUUUGUUGUUGUUGGAGCUGCUCUUAGCUCAUGGAAUGUCAAGGAUGCUCUGGAUAGGUGCAGGCUUGAAAAAUAUACUGUUUUUACUGCUAGGCUAAGACCUCUUGGGAUGCAUUCAGUGGUUGGUUUAAUGUUUGCUUUGGAGAGUUUUCAGCUUUUCCUUGUGACUCUUACUGUCUGUGUUUGCAAGUCACUGCUUGGGUGGUGCUUUGUAGUGGCUUCCAGAUCAUCAUUCAUAAUGGAUUAGACAUUUUAAUUGAUGCAGCUCAAACUGUUUGUGUUGCUUUAGGCUGCAUAUGUUGCAUCCUCAAGUGCUGAUUCAGUUCCUCACACAUCUGUCAAUCUGUAUGGUAAAACACCAGUUCAGGUUGUAGACUAACAGUGUCAAGUGGAAGUGGAUAAGUUUUUUGUUAUUAGACUAGGUGUCGACCGAUACACACGUUUUAUGAGACAUACAGCAAUUCCUGAAAUGAAAGCAACACAAUAUUUGGGUGUUUGUUUUUAUGGCUCUCUUAUUUUUUUUUUUUUUAAUGAACAGAUUUCAGCAUUUCUUUUUGUUAUAUGAAGGUCACAUUGAAACUGAGUUAGAAACUUUUUACCAGACAUUUGUCACUUAUUUUUGGUACUUUUCUAAUGACUUUUAUGUACAGACCUUUUUUCUGUUUUAGCCUUCUCCCAGACCCGCACUUUAAAUAUUAAACUAUGAAAAUCCAUUAUAAAAAUACAAAUUAUGACAUGUUUAUAACUAUAAUAAUCUACACAAAGAGUAAAAUAAGCACACAAAUUUCAAGAUUGAUUUUGUGAAACUGAUUUCUAUCUUAUUUUUUCAAAACAUACGACUGCUCCACAGUUGUGACAUCAGUUCCCCCACACCAAACAAUUUUGCCCCUAAUAAUUUUCAAAAGUUAAUUUACUUGUAAACCAAGUUAAAGGAGCAAUAUGUAAUAUAUUUACUGUACUAAAGCAUAAAGUUAUCAUAAUGUUAUCACACUCAAAAAAAAAAAAAAAAAAAAAAAAUAAUGGGUUAAAAACAACCCAAAUUGGAUUUUUAACCCAACUGCUGUUUAACUAUGGGCCAGAACACAUUUUGGGCUAAUCCAACCCAGGUAGUUGGGUUGUUCAUUUUAACUCAGCAAAUGGGUUGUUUUUCAACCCAAAGGUUGAAAAGGUUUCAUUUUUACAAAAACGAUGGGUUAAUUUGAUAUAAAAAAUUGGUUAAUAUUUUCAGGGUUAUUUUUAUCCUUUCAAAAUUUUGUAUAACAUAUGUUGUAUCCCACUUUUUAUUUAUGAUGUAUUAUUAAACCAUAUCUCCUCAUGUGUUGACUUGGUGACUGGGAUCAUUAAUUCUAGCCAGCACAUUAAUUCAACUUCAAAAUAUUAUAAAUGUCGAUAUGAUCUGUGUCUGUCAGCUACAUUAAAUCCUACAGUCUUCAAUUUGACCUAAAUCAAUCGUGUGUAAGUGACGUUUUAGAUUCAGAAUGGCACAUUUCACAAAGUGGUAACGAUUGAUAAAUAAAAAGACAGAUACAAACCUUUAUUUCACCAGAAAAAAAUGCUCCAGUAUAUCCACUUAAGAAGUGCUGACUCGAGUCCCUCCUGAAGAUAGCUCAGCAACUGGUUGUUUUGACUCAGCACCACAAUAAGACUUGAGGUGGGGGAUGGGCAACUUUGACUGUUUAUGUGGACACAAGAAAGUGUUCAGAAAAUGUAUUGCGAAAGCUGCUUAAGUGGUGUAUGUUAUGGAAAAAAAUCUUAUUUUAAUUAUCUGAAAAAGCAAGAAAUGCACGUUUACAUGACAUUAAUCGCGUGGCAUGUACCUUCAGCUGAAAGUAAAUCAAAGCUAAUUAAGCUAGCGGUACAUUUAAAGCUGGCCUGUUUUCGCAUAUUACAAAUAAAUUCAACAAUCUGUCCAUGCUGAAAACCACUGCCUCCACCUGAGGUGAAUUCAAACAGCCUGCGUGCGGCGUCAAGUAACUCGGCGCUGAGUUGAUUUGACCCAAGGAACUGGGCUGAUGUGUUGGGGGAGGGGUGUAUUGAUUCAACUGUCAGUGAAAAUGACCCAGCCAUUAACCCAGCAGUUGGGUUACACAAAACUACCCAAAAACUACCCAACACUGAGAAAACAACCCAAUUAAAUGACCCAAAAGGUUCAACCCAACGUUUGGGUAGAAAAAAUAACCCAGCAUUUUUUAGAGUGCAGAGAUUUAGGAAGCAUGCUAAGUUGAAAUACUGGCUUCUCCGAAAACAAUACUACAGCCAGUAUAUUCUGCUUUGAAAUGUCCGUUCCAGGCUGGAAUUUCUGUUUGUGUUUUGGCCUGUGAGAUCUCACCCACUGCUCAUUUCCCAAUAGUAUUUCUACAACCCGGGGUUGCCAGAAUUGAAACAAGUUGGCGGGCAGCCAUGGAAGCCAGUGAUACAUCUAGCUAACAUUGACAGAGUUAUAAAUCCACAUGAGCUGGUUUAUAAUUGGCAAACAAUAUAAACACCGCAAACGUACACAUUACAGGGCUCGACAAUAAGGACUGCCCGAUGGCCCGGGUCCAGUGUGAGAGAGAUUCGGGCCAGUUGCUAGAACUGUCACUUGCCCGAUCGGGCCACUGCUACAUUUAUAACAUUAGUGCAAGCAAACAACAAGCGAGAGAGCACAAAAAUUACACGAAGUCUUCUAACUGAGGAGUGAGCGCAAGUAUAUUUAUCUUGCAAAGACGCGCAAGUGCAUAAUAUACUGGACGCGUCAAGGCACAGUCAUGUGCAGACACCAAGUGCACUGUCCUAGCACUGUCCUCGCUCUUUUCCAAGUAUCUUAGCAGCAGCUAUUACCAAUGUGUAGAAAAUAGCAGGAAAAAAAAAACCACUUAAUGAAUUUCGUAGUGGGAUUUAACGUCUUGUGCAACACUUAAGUAUCCCCGCACAUUCCGUGUUCACAGUGCGGAAAUUUUUUUGCGUUUUUACAUGUUGGUGAAAAUUAGUAAUCCACACGUUGGAACACAAGAAAACAACAGUUUCUUUCUAUAGGACUGAAAAUCCAUGUCUCUCCGUGCAUAUGUCACAUCAUCAUCUCUCUCCAUGCAGCAUAGACUGUUUAACAUGCAUGUGCUCUCAUAAAGGGACAGAGCGCUAGUUUUAUUCCCACUGUAAAAAAAACCACACAUUUUCUCUCAUUAAUUCGCCUUUAGAGAUGAAGCGCCGAAUGAGACGUUAUAAACUUUAUUAAACCCCAGUUAUACACGAGUCUGGAAAUCACGAGCUGCUCAAUAUCCAAAAUUGUGCCGGGACUUUGCUGUUCUAGAAGACCAUUGUCUGGCCCACAACCUUCAGGAACAGGAAAUUGAGAGCCACCUGGCAUCCAAUGUCCACAAGAGCCGUCUGGUGCAGCAGGACCUGCAUUUGGCCAAACGAAUGCAAGAGGAGGAAGACCUACGGGCCAUAGCUGAGAGCAAGAGAAAACACAGACACUUUGAACGCAUUGACAAUGAAAUUGCUCAAGAGAUUCAAGAACAACUGGUCUGGCAGGCUGAGCAACAGAGGCAACAGGAGGAGAAAGAUGAGGCCAUCGCCCGAAAGCUGCAGGAGCGAGAGAUGAAAGAAGAGAGAAGACGACAAAAGCAGCUGGAAGCGAACUUUGAAGAGGAUUAUUAUGAAGACAAAGCCUUCCGAUCUCCACUAGACUUGCGAGAGCAGCAUCCUGGUUCCACUUCUCCAGGUUAUAGAAAAGAAAGGUAUCCUGACUACAGUCUUGCUCGAUCCCCAUACAACUCUCUUGACCCAGACAGAAAAAGAAAUGGUACCCGCAACCGAUAUCCAGAACUUGGCCCCAUUGAGUCUGGACGAUCAAGGCAUCCAGAGAGACACCCAGAGAUCUAUUCACCUGAGCGACGACCGAAAUACCCUGAAGAUUAUUCAAAAGAGAAAAACAAACCCCUAGAUCUCGACUCUACAGAACCUCGCAGAAGAAAGAAAAGGGAUAAAUUGGACGAACCUCGUUCUGCAAGAGGUGACUUGGAUCCUGUUGUACGCAGAAAGGAGAAACCAUUUAGGGAUUACUCGGCUGGUCGGGAUAGAGUUUGGGACAAUGAGAGGAACUGGGACACAGAACGAGAAAAAGAUGGACAGAGAACCAAAGAGAGGCCAAGGGACAGAGACCAGUCAAGAAGUCAUGAUCGACUGUUUAGUGAAGAUGUUGACCGAGUCAACGAAAGGCACAGAAGUUUAGACAGGGAGGUGGACAGAAAUGACUAUGGACAUCGUAGCAGAGACAGACAAAGGGAAAGAGGCAGAGAUGGGAACAGAGAGAGACGCAAAAGCAGGGAAAGAAGCAUAGAGCGGGAGCUGGAUGAUUACAGCCUUGCCCCCAGUAAGAAGACAGAAGACAGCCUGGAGUGGGAGGAUUACAAGAAUAGGCAUAGGCUUCCAUCAGGUCCUAAUGAGGUGUUUGAGGAGCCCAGUUUCAGAGGUCCCUCUAAUGAGGGCCAGUCCCCCCCCAGAGAAAGAGGCCGGAAGGUUCGAGGAGAGUAUGGCAUGAGGGAAGCUACGCAUGGAUUGGCUCAAUUAGACCUACAAGAACUAGAGCUCAAAGACAUGGAGGUGGCACGCAGGCUACAGGAAGAGGAAAUCAAGGCCAGCCAAAUUGACAAACGAACCAACCAACUUGCGGAAGAUGAAGAAUUAGCCCGACAACUGAUGGAGGAAGAGAAAAGAGAGUAUAAGAGAUCGAGAGAGAAGGAGAAACAAGCGAUGGAGAGAAGACAAGCUGAGGUGGAAUAUAAGCCAGUUCAAGAGGAAGUUGUACGACCACGAACGCGGGAAGAGGUGCACAGCAGAGAGGACGAGUACCAGAGAGCACGUAACCACAAACCUGCGAAGCCACCUACACAGCACUAUGAGAACAUAAACCCGAGCUAUGCUUACGCGGAGAGCCCUUAUUCUCCUCGCCCUCCAUCAAGGCCAGAAGCAGCAUACAAAGGUGCCUACUACAGACAGUGACCACAAGCUUCGACUGCUGUCCCAUCAUGAGUUGCUCUUUUCUUCCUUUUGGCCCUUUACUUUGCCAAGACCUCACUAUUUAUCAAAGAAGAUGGAAGGGAGUCUGUGCUACACAUGAAAAUGGAUUUAAAGACUAUUUCGAGUUCUGAGGCUUUCUCUGAAGAGCUAAUGUCACUUUAUUUUUUUCCUUUGUUUAUGUCGAGUGAGCUGAUGUUGUGUCUUUAUGUUGUGAAAGAGUGUAUGAACUAAUGUGUGACUUGUUUGCUUGAUCUCAUGUUCUUGUCUUAUUGUGGAUGACUGGACAGGAGGGAUUCUACUGCACAGCUCUUUUUGAAUUACCUAUUUUUUUCUCAGUCCCUCUUGGCAAUGUAUUGUUAUACUGAGAUGAGCAACAUUUGUUUCAUGCACUCCCUAGUCUUGAUUCCAUGUUCCACUAGUCAUUGCUGACCAGUAUGCAGCAGAUGUGGAGAUUUCCAAGAAUACUUUUUGGUUUAAUCAAAAAGGAAAACACAUGCUUGAAUAUAUACAGCAUAAUUAUGUGCUAAAUAUUUAUUGAUUUGUUUUGAGAGAAUAUAUAUUAUUUUAUUUUGGUUUUGGUUUGUCUAUAAAAAUGCUGAUUGUGUAACUUUCACAGAUUGAUCCGAAGAGAUCUGAGAUCUGUUUUAAAAGUAUAGUUAACCCAAAAAUGAAAAUUCAGUCAUCAUUUUCUCAACCUAAUGUUGUUGCAGACCCAUAUGACUUUCUACCUUGGAUUGAUGAUAGAAUUUAAAUUUUUAGGUGAACUAUCCCUUUAAUUCAAAGUUUCAAUCCUGUUCAACAAAUCUAAUCUUGAUUAGAUGGUUCAGAGUUAAAUAGGAAGUCUCUAGACCAAUCAAAUAUCAAGGUGAGGCUGCCAAUCAUGGUUUAGUUUUCAUCUUCAUAGCCUUCAUAUAAUUUGUGAGAGACUCUAUACGUACACUGAGGGAAAACAUACAGCUAGGGUUUGAGAUGCUCAGCCUUCGGGUGCCUUUGCUUUUGGGAUAUUUGUAUCCCUUACCUGCAGUGUACGUAGAGAUUCUCCAGUCUUCACUGUAGGUUCUUUGGGACCUAAUAAUAUGCUCCAGUGUUCAAGUGCAUGCUGGAUGAAUGUGAACUCACUGGGGUUGACUAUUUUUGAAUCUUGUAUAAAAAUGGACACAAAACACAGCUCUACUUCUCAUUUUUAUAUUUUUAUUUUUUAUUUAUAAUAAAAAAAAUAAAAAACAGAAAAAUACAAGCUUAAAAGGCAUGUAGUAGCAUUGCUAUUGGCACAGAUGUAAGCAUUGUUUUCAUGCUUGCAUUAUCAUAUACAGUUCAUACUAAUUUCUCAAUGUUCAGAUUUACAGUGCUUUGCAAUUUUUGGCAAACUUGCUUUAACCAGGGACAUAACAUCUUCUAGCAAAGGCAAAUAUGUCUAUAGAGCCCAUUGGUAGACAGGUAGGGAAUUUAUCUUCUGAAACACUUUUGCAUUCCCUCACAGUAGUUUGCAUUUUCUAGUAACAUAUUUUGCAUUCCCUCACAGUGUUUUGCGUUUCCUACUAAUAAGGUUUGUGUUCCCUCGCAUUAGUUUGUGUUCACUCUCAGUAGUUUGCGUUCCCUUGUAAUAAAUUUUGCGUACCCUCGUAAUAAGUUUUGCGUACCUCAUAGUAAGUUUUGCGUUCCCUUGUAAUAAGUUUUGCGUUCCCUCGCAGUAGUUUGCGUUCCCUCGUAAUAGGUUUUGCGUUCCCUCGCAGUAAUUUGCGUUCCUUCGUAAUAAGUUUUGCAUUGGCUUGCAGUAGUUUUUGCGUUCACUUUAAUUAGUUUUGCUUUCCCUCAUAAUAAGCUUUGCAUUCCCUUGUAAUUGGUUUAACUUUUCCUACUAAUAAGGUUUGUGUUCCCUCGCAUUAGUUUGCGUUCACUCGCAGUAGUUUGUGUUCCCUUGUAAAAAAUGUUGUGUACCCUCAUAGUAAGUUUUGCGUUCCCUCGCUGUAGUUUCUGUUCCCUUGUAAUAAGUAUUGCGUACCCUCGCAGUAGUUUGUGUUCCCUCAUAAGUUUUGCGUUCCUUCGUAAUAAGUUUUGCAUUGGCUUGCAGUAGUUUUUGCGUUCCCUCUAAUUAACUUUGCUUUCCCUCAUAAUAAGCUUUGCCUUUCCUCUUAAUUGGUUUUACGUUUCCUACUAAUAAGUUUUGUGUUCCCCCACAACAGCUUUAUCUAUCUCUUACUAAAUUUAUCACGAUUUUACUACAAUAACCAUAUUUUAACCAUGAUAUUCAUAGUAUAACCUUAGUAAUAAUAAUACAGGAAAGACAAAAAUAUGAUAAUAAAAUUAAAUAAUUCCUAUCAAUCAAAACUAAGAAAAAAAACCGAUAUCAUAAAAUACAUUUCCUCCCUGUCCUUUAUGGGGCUCCUUUCAGAUAAGAGCUGCAAACAA